ACCCAUGGUGCAGGCGCCGAGUCCAACGAACUUCCGCGUCGACCCAAAUCCCAUAGGCAAAUGCCACUGGAUUUCCAAAUUCUGAUAAGUCAGAGAUAAUCCUUCCCGCGUAAUAUCCUCUGCCGAUCACCAUGGCGUUCUCGCCGUUGAAGGUGAUGAACGGAGAAAGAGCCGUGGUUCUCCUCUUCGUCUUCCGUGUUCUCUUCUCUCUACCCCUCUCUCUCCUCCCCCACGCCCUCUCCCUCUCUCUCCUCUCCCUCUUCUCUCUCUUCGUCGAGAUCCGCGCCGACGAUUCCGUCUCCCUCUUCAAAACCAGGCCAGGUGCUUCAUCGGGAAUAAUGUUGGGAGCAGUUACGUUGCCGACUGUAAUGCUCUCGAAAUUGAUUCAGCUUUCAAGAGCUUUCUCUUUGCAACAAAUUGAGCUUGGAGAGCUUGAACAUAUGACAAUGCAAUUUUGGGCCACAUCGGCUUGUUGCUGUGGUGUGCUUAUAUUCCUCUCCAUAGUUAUGUGGUGCGCGGCCAACAAUAAGAACCCCCAUUUCUCCUGUAGUGUUUGGGAUGCUAAGUUUAGCUUAAGCUGUGUCAUCUUAUAUUCGGUGAUUUGCUGUAUAUCGCUUGCUACAAUAUCUCAUACUGGCUUUAACACAGCUUUAAAGUUAUUGUGGUUGCUAUGUCAUGGAUUUGCAGCAGUGAAAUUAAUUCAACAUCUUCUCAACACGUUUCCCUGUUGUGCUUCAGUUGGGGAAGCACUUUUGGUGACUUCAGGUCUUGUACUCUACUUUGGUGACAUGUUGGCAUGUACCAUUUCAAAGGUCUGUAGACUCUUGAUCUCACCAGAGUUGGUGUCCAUACGAUAUGGAAUUAAAAGAAGUGAGAUAGGUAUCGUUAUUCAGGGUGUGCUGCUUGGCCUUCUUAUUUUUUCAGCAGUCUUUAAAUUUGUAAUCCGCUUAUGGGAAUACUUCUGGGGAGCUGACAACUCUGAAUCAAGACAAAACAAAGAGAUUGGGAGAUCUCUUAUAUUCUUUACUUCCCUUGGAUUCACCAUGAUUGCGGUUGCCCCAUCUUGGAUGAUGAUCGUCCUAGAUUUUGAUGUGCAUCCUGUAUUAUGGAUAUUCCAGUUUGUUUUUUCAGAACCAUACAAAAGACUGUCACUAUGUAUCUACUGGUUGGGUUUGAUAUAUGCAUCUGUCUUGAGGUUCUACAAGAUUUCUAAGAAUAGUAAGAUUGAGAGGAUUCUUCUUCGAAAAUACUACCAUCUACUGGCUGUUUCAAUGUUUCUGCCCGCUCUUAUAUACCAGCCAAAAUUUCUUGAUCUAGCAUUUGGUGCAGCUUUGGCAGUUUUCUUGGUAUUAGAGAUUAUUCGAGUUUGGAGAAUUUGGCCUUUAGGGCAACUUGUACAUCAAUUUAUGAGUGCCUUUACAGAUCAUCGUGACUCAGAUCUUCUUAUUGUCAGCCACUUUUCUCUCUUAUUGGGAUGUGCACUUCCUAUCUGGAUGUCCUCUGGGUUCAAUGAUCGACCUCUUACCCCGUUUGCUGGAGUUUUAAGCCUUGGCAUCGGAGAUACAAUGGCAUCAAUGGUUGGCCACAAGUAUGGUGUCCUUAGGUGGAGCAAAACUGGCAAGAAAACCAUCGAAGGAACUGCAGCUGGUAUAACAUCUGUCCUUGCUGCUUGCUCUGUUCUGCUUCCACUUUUGGCUUCUAAAGGAUACAUUCUAACUCAGCAUUGGUUCCCUCUUCUCAUAGCCGUGACUACAAGUGGUUUGUUGGAGGCCUACACAGCGCAACUUGAUAAUGCUUUUAUACCACUGGUCUUCUACAGCCUUCUCUGUUUGUAAAUGCUAAUCUCAACCUUGCAAAAAGACAAGUAUACACUGAUAGUUACAAAGAAAUUCUUUCCCAUGUGAUUCCCUUCAGCAUCUCCUUUUUUUUGGUAGAUAUCCUAACCAA